CGGCCAACUUUGUGGCUUGGGUUUUCUGUGAUGACGUAAUCACCCCGCGACUCCACAUGCUCGACCAGCGUGGUGACGCCAUCAGCCCGCAGCCCCCACCACGCACGGAUAGUGGCCACAUCGGAGUAACGGCGACAAGUGAGUUUAGUUUGGCAGUUUUUCUCCACUUCAAUAUACAGUCAGGCUUGGAUCUCCGCCGUUAACGAUGAGCGACAGCGACGAUGGAGACGACGACGUGCCGACGCUGUCUGCUCACACUCUGGCGGCUCUGCUGGACUUUUACGAGGAGAGCCGAGCCGAGGACACCGGGGGCGACAACUCCAAACCCGAGGACCACUUUGCCGUGGGAGCAGUCGGCGAGGACUGGAGAAUGAGUCAAUUCUGGUACACUGAUGACACUGCAACCCGGUUGGCUGAAGAGCUUCUACAUCAAGCUGGAGAAGGAGGAAGGAUCGCCUGCGUGAGCGCACCCAGCGUUUACCAGAAGCUCAAGCAACUGUCCGGCCCAGUUGGCGGAGAUUCUGCGUCGGUGGCGCUCUUGGAGUACGACCGCCGCUUCUCCAUCUACGGCGACGAUUUCGUCUUCUACGACUACAACGAGCCGCUGGCGCCGGCCGAGCGCGGCUUGGCGCCCGGCAGCUUUGACGUGGUCCUGGCCGACCCGCCUUACCUCUCUGAGGAGUGUCUCACCAAAGUGGCCCAGACCGUCAAGUACCUCAGCAAAGGAAAAGUGCUGCUGUGCACAGGAGCCAUCAUGGAAAAACUAGCCAAGGAUCUUUUGGACGUCCAAAUGUGUCAUCACUUCCUGCCUCAGCACGAGCGCAAUUUGUCCAACGACUUCCGAUGCUUCGUCAACUACCCGUCACCGCUGCUCUCCUGUUGA